UCAACGGCGAUGCCUCUCCAUUUUUCUAGGGUUUCCGGUUUCCACAGGACUAAAACCCCUCAUCUUCUGGAACUUUCCCCGCUAAGGAAUUCAUCUCCGGACUCGGAUUCUUCUGUUCUUUCCAUUCGUCCGAUUGUGUUUUCUCCAGUUUGAGCUCAAUCUUCUUCUAGGUGUUUGAUUCAUAGUACCUGUGUUCGUGGAAUAAUCAAGUGGGUGGGUGUUAGUCGGGUUCGGGAUCGUUAUGGGGAAAUCUGCAGGUAGGAAAAAGAAGGGCGGUAGUGGUGGUGGUUCCAACCAGGCGAAUUCUUCUGAAAAAUCUGUGCCCGCGAAGCCGAGCGUUAAUGGCGCUGUUGAUUUCGAUGCUUCCAUAUUCUUGAAACGUGCCCACGAGCUGAAAGAAGAAGGGAACAAAAAGUUUCAGAACAAGGAUUAUGCGGGUGCCCUCGAGCAGUAUGAUAACGGUCUCAAGCUUAUUCCGAAGAACCAUCCUGACCGAGCUGUGUUUCACAGCAACCGAGCGGCUUGUCUGAUGCAAAUGAAGCCUAUCAACUACGAUGCUGUGAUUGCUGAAUGUAGUAUGGCUCUCAGGGUUCAGCCUGGGUUCAGUCGGGCUCUUCUUAGAAGGGCGAGAGCUUUAGAGGCUGUGGGAAAGUACGAAAUGGCAAUGCAGGAUGUGACCGUGUUAUUAGGAGCGGACCCGAAUCACAAGGAUGCUGCCGAGCUUUCACGAAGGUUGAGAACUGCUUUGGGCCCUCAGCAGGAUUUGCAGAGCCGACCUUCUCCUGCGGCUCUUGGUGCCUCGGCUGCACUCGGUGGACCGAUUGCCGGGCUUGGCCCUUGUUUACCUGCUCGUCCAGUUCACAAAAAAGGCGCUUCUUCAUCUGGUGGAACUGUUACAUUGCCUAAUAACACUACUAGCAAUAACAACAGUAGGCUAGAGCGGUCAGAGAUAAAUGCCGCAGCAGAAAAUGGUUCUGAAAGCAAAACCCAGAUGCCAAAAAUUGUGUUGAAGCCUUCGGAUGCUUCGUCAAAAGGUACAAAGGCGGAUCAGCCUUCAUCUGCAACAGUUCCUACGCAAGCUUGUAGACAGGUACAAGAGAGGAGAAUUCGGUGGAGGCCAUUGAAAUUUGUUUACGAUCAUGACAUAAGACUGGGGCAGAUGCCUGUGCAUUGCGGGUUUAAAGUGUUGAGAGAAGUUGUGAGGAACCGUUACCCAUCGUCAAAGGCAGUGUUGAUAAAGUAUAAGGACUGUGAUGGAGAUUUGGUCACCAUUACCUCCACUGCUGAACUGAGAUUGGCAGAAUCUGCCGCUGACAGUGUUCUUACGAAAGAGCCCGAAGCAGAUAAAUCUGACUCUGUUGGGAUGCUGAAACUGCAUGUUGUCGAGGUGAAUCCUGAGCAGGAACCACCUUUGCUAGAGGAAGAGGAAGUUGAGGAAGAAAAGCCUAUUGAAGAAGAAACUGGUUCUGGUUCAUCUCCAAGUGAAUCAGUUGCUGAAACAGAGAAUAUCACGGAGGUUAACAAUGAGAAAUCAGACAAGGAAGUCAUCCACAAGGAGAAAGCAAGUUCUUCUGAAGAUCCCGAGACCAAGGAAUUGGAGAUGGACGAUUGGUUGUUUGACUUUGCUCAGCUUUUCCGUACCCAUGUGGGCAUUGACCCUGAUGCUCAUAUCGACUUGCAUGAGCUGGGGAUGGAGCUUUGCUCAGAGGCACUUGAGGAAACAGUCACUAGUGAAGAAGCUCAGCCCCUAUUCGAUAAAGCUGCUGCAAAAUUCCAAGAGGUGGCUGCUCUGGCUUUUUUCAACUGGGGUAACGUACACAUGUGUGCUGCAAGAAAGCGGAUACCUUUGGAUGAGUCUGCAGGGAAGGAAGUGGUAGCAGCUCAGCUUCAAGCUGCGUAUGAGUGGGUGAAGGAGAGAUAUUCUUUGGCGAGGGAAAAGUAUGAACAUGCCCUCUUGAUCAAGCCUGAUUUUUACGAGGGUUUGCUUGCUUUAGGGCAGCAGCAGUUCGAGAUGGCAAAGCUCCACUGGUCUUAUGCAUUGGCCGGGAAGAUAGAUCUCUCAGGUUGGGAUCCAGCAGAGACACUAAAGCUCUUCAACAACGCAGAGGAGAAGAUGAAAGCUGCGACAGAGAUGUGGGAGAAGCUGGAAGAGCAGAGGAUCAAUGAUCUUAAAAAUCCGAAUUCAAGCAAGAAAGAGGAAGUCUCAAAGAGGAGAAAGAAGCAAGGAGAUGGGCAGGAAGGCGAGGCUUCUUCAGAGGCGGUAACGGCAGAGGAAGCAGUGGAGCAAGCAGCUGCAAUGAGAUCACAGAUUCACCUUUUCUGGGGCAAUAUGCUUUUCGAGAGAUCACAAGUGGAAUGCAAAAUCGGCAUAAAGGGUUGGAAGAAGAACUUUGACGGUGCAGUUGAGAGGUUCAAACUCGCUGGUGCUUCUGAAGCUGACAUAUCGAUGGUUGUGAAGAACCACUGCUCCAAUGAAACAGCUGCAGAAGGAAAUGCCAAGAAGGUACCUGAAUCUUGAAACCCCAAACAAGAAAGUUUUUUGUUUUGCUUUCCCCAUUCAUAUGAUGAUGAAAUCCCCCCUCUGGAAAGCCUUGAGAAGUUUCCUAGUUGUUUA